AUGCAGCCGACGCUUGUAGAACGACUGGCGCGACGGCGAGAAGGGUUGGACAGCGAUGGCAGAGGAUGCGGGUACGGGUUGCUCCUGGCGCCUCGUGGUUCCAGCUAA